AUGGUCGACAUGGGGGGGCUGGACAACCUGAUCGCCAACACCGCCUACUUGCAGGCCCGGAAGUCCUCGGACGCCGACAGCAAGGAGCUGCAGCGCCGGCGCCGGAGCCUGGUGCUGCCCGGGCCGCAGAGCUGCGAGCAGCUCCGCCAGGCCCUGCCCACCGACUUCCACAGCCUGUGCGAUCAGCAGCCCAUCGGCCGCCGCCUCUUCCGCGACUUCCUAGCCACGGUGCCUGCGUACCAGGAGGCCAUGGGCUUCCUGGAGGAGGUGCAGAGCUGGGAGCUGGCCGAGGAGGGUCCCGCCAAGGGCAGCACUCUGCAGGGGCUGGUGGCCACUUGUGCGGCCGCCCCGGGGCGCCCACGGUCCUUCCUCAGCCCAGCUCUGGUCACCAAGUGCCAAGCAGCCACCACCGAGCAAGAGCGAGCAUCCCUGGUGGAGCCGGCCAAGGCUGAGGCCAUGGCCUUCUUGCAGGACCAGCCCUUCCGAGAGUUCCUGGCCAGCCCCUUCUAUGACAAGUUUCUGCAAUGGAAAGUCUUUGAGAUGCAACCGGUGUCAGACAAGUACUUUGAAGAGUUCCGAGUGCUGGGGAAAGGUGGUUUUGGGGAGGUAUGUGCUGUCCAGGUGAAAAACACCGGUAAGAUGUAUGCCUGUAAGAAGCUGGAUAAGAAGCGGCUGAAGAAGAAAAAUGGCGAGAAAAUGGCUCUCUUGGAAAAGGAGAUCUUGGAGAGAGUCAGCAGCCCUUUUAUUGUCUCUCUGGCCUAUGCCUUCGAAAGCAAGUCCCAUCUCUGCCUGGUUAUGAGCCUGAUGAACGGGGGAGACCUCAAGUUCCACAUCUACAGCGUGGGCGAGCGCGGCCUGGACAUGAGCAGGGUGGUCUUCUACUCGGCCCAGAUGACCUGCGGCGUGCUGCACCUCCACUCCCUCGGCAUUGUCUACCGGGACCUGAAGCCUGAGAACGUGCUUCUGGACGACCUCGGCAACUGCAGACUGUCUGACCUGGGGCUGGCCGUGCAGAUCCAGGAUGGCAAGCCCAUCACCCAGAGGGCUGGAACCAAUGGUUAUAUGGCUCCUGAAAUUCUAAUGGAAAAAGCGAGUUAUUCCUAUGCUGUGGACUGGUUCGCAAUGGGAUGCAGUAUUUACGAAAUGGUUGCUGGACGAACACCAUUCAAAGAUUACAAGGAAAAAGUCAGUAAAGAGGAUUUAAAGCAAAGAACACUGAAAGAAGAAGUCAGAUUCCAACAUGAUAACUUCACAGAGGAAGCAAAAGAUAUUUGCAAACUCUUCUUGGCUAAGACACCAGAGCAACGCUUAGGAAGCAGAGAAAAGUCUGAUGAUCCCAGGAAACACCAUUUCUUCAAAACCAUCAACUUUCCUCGCCUGGAAGCCGGCCUGGUUGAACCUCCAUUUGUGCCAGACCCAUCAGUGGUUUAUGCCAAAGACAUCGAUGAAAUUGAAGAUUUCUCUGAGGUUCGAGGAGUUGAAUUUGAUGGUAAUGAUAAGCAAUUCUUCCAAAGAUUUGCAACGGGUGCUGUCCCCGUAGCUUGGCAGGAAGAGAUUAUAGAAACAGGACUGUUCGCAGAGCUGAACGACCCCAACAGGCCUGCAGGUUGUGGGGAGGGUAAUUCAUCCAAGUCUGGUGUAUGUUUGCUACUAUAA